GCCGUGGUGUAUUGCGCUGUGGAGGACUCAGCCUUGCGACCCAGGUCGUAGAGGAAGAACUCAAAGCUAGCGCAGGAACAGGUGGAGGCAGCUAAGAAGGACUGGGAGCUGGGCAGGCUGAUGCAGCUGAGGGAGGAGGAGGAGCAACGCGCCGAGGAGGAAGACGAGAUGCUCUACACGUACUCCCACGACGACGCCACUGCCUCCCAGGUGUGGGUGGACAAGACCACGUCCCAGCAUAUGCCGAUGUGGGCGCCGCCGACGCCACCUGUUGACGAGAGUGACGUGUACAUAGACUACAGCGUGUGCUUCCUGUACGAGCAGACGCCCAUGCCGGAGUCACACCUGCCACCUGUCUACGUGAAGAAGGAACACAAACGUCUGCACCUAGACCACAUCACCUCGCGCAAGCAUCACCGGCCGCUGAAGUCUGAGCACGCUCACGCGCCACGCUCGCUGUUCGACCGGCCCGCGGCUGCCGUACUGAAAGCUCGCCGCGACGCCAAGCUACAUCGCCUCAAACCCUCGCUGCCGGAACCCUGCGCCGACAAACCUGAGUGGCUCAUCUUCGAGGACUGGGCACUGCUGCAG